AUUAAUGAUUUGGACGAGGGAAUUAAAUGCAACAUCUCGAAAUUUGCGAGUAUCUGACGGCUGAAAUCCUCGAGCUGGCCGGGAACGCGGCCCGAGACAUCAAGAAGAGCCGCAUCAUCCCCAGACACCUGCAACUGGCCGUCCGCAACGACGAGGAGCUCAACAAGCUGCUGGGAGGGGUGACCAUCGCUCAAGGCGGGGUGCUGCCCAAUAUCCAGGCCGUGCUGUUGCCCAAGAAAACCAGCGCAGCCUCUGGCACCAAGAGCAAGUAGAUCAGCGAAACCUCAAUCUAACGACCCAAAGGCUCUUUUCAGAGCCACCUACAGUGUCUAUCAAAGGGCUGAGCACCGGCUGGGUAUUUCCGUUCAGAGGACCGCUUCGUAUGUCUUGUGUGGACGCGCCUCCACUCGCGCGUCUUGUUAUAAACCACCCGGGCUAACUCUCACUCCCCGUUACGUCCUCAUGAAUAAAACCAUCAUCUACAGCAAACAACGAUCCACUACUGUCCGGGUUCCAGAAUCACAGAUGUAUAGAUAUGUGUUUAUUGUUUGAUAUUCUGUUUAGAGCCUUAUUAUACUCCUGUUCCGAUGUCAGUACUUAUGUGAUUCAGAACAGUUAAAUAAAUGAGGACAGAA